GUCACAAGCCCCCCAACUCUCUCUUUCUUGAUCAUUCGUCUAUGAAUCCAGGGCUAUCCUAUCCACCCCUCGGAGAGAAAGCCAUGUCUUUACGCCUUGCCAAGACACCAGUCCGAGUAUCGAGUAUUGUUGCACUGCAGAUCCAACCAAUUUGAAUACGCCAUGAAGUUUGCACACGACUUCAAAGAAACGCUUAGGCGCCAAGACUUUCCACCUCACUGGAUUGAUCAGGCCAUCCCCUACGGCCAGUUAAAGAAGGUUCUCAAACGCGUCGCCAGGGAACUUAGCGAUCUGGGGCUUGAUCCCGAGACUCUACGCCAACUUCUCGACCCGGCUAAUGAUUCGCCUCUGGCCGCCAAAUACCGCCUCAACGCCGCCGGGAACUCAAAGUUACUGAGACCAAAGCUGACUGUUUUGGUGCACAUGCGCGACGGGAAUGCCGUUGAUGCAUCACUGACGCCUGCAUCCCGUUCCCUCAUUGAACGCAUCGCCGCCUUGCAGUCCCACGAUCCAGCUCAACCGAUCCCGGCCGCAGCUCCCGAAGACACCGUACCAACCAAGUCGCCAGCCUCGUCUGCUGAGUCUCUUGCCAAUGCCGAGACUGAAUUAUCAGACAUCCAGAGAUGUCUACAGGUUGAAGGCCAAUCGUCGCCAACAGAGCACUAUGAGCGUAUCGAAGUUCCACUUGUCUUUGAUAGUGAAUUCUUUGACAUUCUGCAGAGCGAUGUCAACAACCUGGAUGCACUUCAGGCAAAGGAAGAAAAGGCCAUGGUGAUGGAGAUCGUUGCCUUGAGACAGGAGAUUUCGCAUCUGACGAAACCCAGUCGCCUCUCCAAGAGCGACCUUGCGAGGUGGCGAGCCAUUUUCGAGCUGUACCUCGACGCCCAGGUCUUCUUCUCAACCAACGAGCAAGACCACGGGUCCAGAACCAGUCAGACGGCUGCGAAGCAGCUCCAGUGGUUCCAAGAAGAAAUCACAAAGAGGAAUCUCGUCAAAUCCUUCAAAAUUGCCGAGAGUCGCGAAGCCCUAGUUCGCUUUUUAAGUCUUAACGCCGUUCUCCUCAAAAACUUGCAGUUCCAGGAAAUCAACCAGGUUGCCAUCUACAAAAUUCUUAAAAAAUUCGACAAACGUACCUGCCUAGGUGUUUCGAAAUCCUUUCCAGUUCAAGUCCACUCCGACAAGCUGCUGGCCGGCUCCGUGGCGAAAGACAUUUGCGCCCAAAUGUCCACCGAUUUAGUGUCAGUCGUACCGCAGAUUAGUGAUUACUUGUGUCCAAUCUGCUUCGCCAUUGCCUAUAGGCCUGUCCGGCUAGCAUGCCAACAUAUAUUUUGCAUUCGGUGCAUUGUCAAGAUCCAACGGCGGAACGAAAAGCACUGCCCUUUGUGCAGAGCAGACACCGUCAUGAGGGCGUCCGCGGAUAAUCUGGAUAUUCAACUAGAGAGAUACAUGCGCAAGUACUUCCCCAAGGAGGCCAAAGAGAAGCAGCGAGCCAACGAGAUUGAACGAGGCAUUGAGGACUAUGGUCCUGAGUACGUGCACUCUGAAUGCUCUGUUAUGUAGAUGCUGUCGUGUUUUAUUUUCUUCUUCUUUGCAUUCCUAUAGAUUUCUUAGAGAUACCCUUGCCGGUUGUAGGUUGAGCUUUCGGUUGCAACGAGACUUGAAUGUGAGAGAUUCUCGUGGUCGUUGCUGGCGAGUGCUUCUUCGUUGCUCUCCAAAUUCUUAUCAUCUUUUGGCUUCCGCGUGCCUCCUCAUCCAGCUACCCAUUACUGUUCCAGUCAUACUAAGUUUACUGUGCCACUCAAUCAUCUUGUGACUUUUCGACCGCUUGAAGAGCACUGGUGAAAAUCUUUUGCAGCUCAUCCGUCUCCUCUAGGCCGACACUGACGCGAAUGAGGUCCGGAUCAACACCCAGACCGGCAGCCCAGUCGAGCUCUUGGUAAUGGGCCAGCAGUACAUAAGGCGAUGUCAGAGUAAAGUUCGUACCCAGACUUGGGCCCUUGGCCGUCUCAAUGGCGUCGAAGAAGGCAAUGGCGUGGGCCGUCUUGUGAAACGUGACCGACAGAAGCCCGCCAUAACCCCCACCAGGCAAUUUGCAGAGAUCGUAGUUGGGUCUCGUCGGAUUUACUCUCGGGUAGUAAACGCAUUUUACCAGCGGAUGGGCCGAGAGGAUGUCGCAAAUUGUCUCGGAACUUUCGUUGAUGCGUUCAAUACGCGAUGCAAAGUCGCGACUGUUACGCUCCAUGAAAACAACGUCCUCUGGCCAGUACGUAUCUUCCAGAUCCUCGAUCCAAGCACCCUUCAGGGCCUGAUAGUACUUGCCGCUUGGAUUAAGGAUGGCACUGCCACCCAUGACGUUGCAGUCGCCCGAGAAUAUCUUGGUCAGACUGCUUACGACUAUGUCUGCGUAUUGUAGCACGUCAAUGUUGAUGAAGCUGCCGAUGGUCUCGUCCACAACGACGCCGAAAUCGUACUUGUCUGCAAGGAUACGGAUCCGCGCCAAGUUGGGGCAGGUCAAGAGAGGAUUGCCGGGAAAUUCACAAAAGAGCGCUAGGAAGCGCUCACCACUCUCUAGGCGCUUUUCGAGAUCGUCAAGAUCAUCCUCUGAAGCGCGCCCAUAGAAGAGACAACCGGGACCAAACUUUUGUAGGAUCUUGAGCGUGUCGACGUAGGGGAAGCCAAAGUUGACAGAUUGGAGGUCACCUCUAGCGCGCAGCAUGGCCCGGUGGGCGUUGUAGAUAGCAUUCAUGCCACAUGGAAACAAGUAUACGUCGCUUUCUUGCAGGUCCUUUUGGUUUCUCGCGUUUUCUCCCAUGGGAGGCAGGGAGCUGAUGCUGCCCUCCAUGUCGGCAGCCAUAGCGCCCGCAAUUCUACGCUUGAUGGCCGACCUGGCGCGCUCGACGAGGGACAGGUCGAGGUUACGGCCAAAGCGUUCCUCAAGAAAGCGUAGGCUUUCUUGCGUUUCAAACGCACUCUGAGGGUUCACCUUGGCCGCUGGGUGGUGAGCCGUCUUGGUGUCGUCGAUGGAAGAUGGGCGAUGGUAUCUCUUCGGGCCUCUGUGGGCCUUUCCCACUGGCGAGUUGGGCCUUGCCACGGGAACGAAGAGGCCCUCCUUCAAUAGACCAUGACAGAACUCGGCUCUUCGGC